CUCUCAAUUCGCUACCUUCUAUUCUGCGUUCUCUUCUAGGCCCAAUAGCGCUGUGAUAUCCCAUUCCUUGGAUCGCGGAUACACGACCAUGGUUAGCCUUCAAUGGCCCCUUCCUUGCGCAAGACUGCACCAAACAACAUCAACACUCACCACACACCUUCGCACGCGAGGAUUCUCCUUCCUCCGCAGAAAGCCUCUCACCAUUCCUCAUUCAAAACACCCUUUACUGACCGAUGAUUCCAUCGACGAGGAACACUUGCCCGGGUACUGCUCCAAAGAUUACUAUCCCGCCAAGCCGGGCGAGAUCCUCGCCGACCGCUAUCAACUCAUCACCAAGCUUGGCUGGGGAUCCACUUCUACAAUAUGGAUGGCGCGAAAUAUGCGGGGAUACAGAUGGCAGCAAGAGACAAUCGUCGCGCUCAAGAUCGUCAACACCAAUUUCGAUGUCGAGGAACACGAACGCACGCUCGAAGAAUACAUACCGAAAAGCGAUCCGGCGCAUGAUGGCCGGACAUUUCUCCGUACCGCGCACGAUACCUUUGUUAUCGAAAGAAAGGAGGGCAAACACCUGUGUCUGGCGUACGAACCGAUGCGGGAAACGUUCAGCGUCUUCCGGCGGCGUUUUGUCAAUAAUUGCGUACCCCUGCCAUUGCUCAAGCUCUACAUUAAAUGGUUGCUACUCGGCUUGGACUAUCUCCAUACUGUCUGCCGGAUGGUGCAUACUGAUCUCAAGCUCGACAACAUCAUGAUGGCCAUUGAAAAUGCCGAAGUCCUGGACGAGUUCAUUGAAUCUCAGCUAGAAAAGCCCAUGGAGUAUAAAAUUGACUCGGCCGGUCGGCAAGUGUAUUACCGCCGCGACAACUUCGGCAACCUCAGAAAGAUCAACAAUCUUCCCAGGAUCGUGGACUUUGGAGCGGCAAUCAAGCUGAAUCCGGACGCUCGGUGCAUUUGGCCGAUCCAGCCAAACCACUAUCGCGCACCAGAGGUCAUUCUUGGGUGUGGUUGGAAUACUGGAGUUGAUAUCUGGAAUAUGGGAAUCCUCCUUUGGAAUAUGGUCCAAGGGAGCAACUUGCACACCCAGGUCACUGAUGCCGAAGGCAUGUACGACGCCAAAUCUCAUCUUGCCGAGAUGAUAGCCUUGUUUGGACCUCCCCCGCCGAAUAUGCUCGCGCGUUCCCGGGAAAGGUCAAAAGAAAAAUGGUCUCCCAAGAUCAGAAUGGUAGGUGUCAAUGAAAAAUUAUGCGAUACAGCGGAACAGUUGUUUGACGGCCCCUUCUUCGAUGAAGAUGGCGAGUUCCUUUAUCCAGACCUGAUCCCAGGUCGCAACCUCGCGGAUACCCUUACUCUGCUCGAAGGUAGGGACAAAGAGGGAUUUCUGGACUUGGCUCGAAAAAUGCUGGUGUGGGACCCGACGGAGAGGCCGACGGCUGCGGAGCUGGCUCAGCAUCCGGCACUUCAGCAGGAUUGAGACUUACCUAACUAUUGU